AUUCUCUACGGACUAAACACUUAGUGAAAUUCUGUGCGGGGAAAGUAGCUUUGCCUAUACAUUGGGUAUUUGAAGGGUAUAUAAGGGUGGUCUUUUCCCUCGACAUUGGCAUGAAGCACUUGAGCUACAUGCCCUGAUUAAAACCCAUUGCAUUCAAUAAACCAAUACAGACUCGGUUUUUCAUUGAAGGUCUAAUCAUGUCACACCUGGACGUCGAACCUGCUAUUCCCGUUGGCUCUACUGUUGUAGUGUCGGGGGCAAACGGGAACAUUGCAAGCCACAUCGUGGACCAACUUAUCAAAGCGGGCUACAUUGUUCGCGGUACCGUUCGCGACGUGAAAAAGAACAGCUGGUUAAUUGAUCACUUCUCUAAUAUCUACGGCCCCGGAAAAAUUGAGCUGGUUGAAGUACCAGAUAUGGCAGCCAGCGGUGGCUUUGACGAAGCUGUAAAGGGUGCCUCUGGAUUCAUUCACACAGCCACGCCAGUGAUGGAGAAUGCGGAUCCCAAUGCUGCGAUACCAGUUGUUAUUCAAGGGACCGUGGGCGCACUCCAGUCUGCUGCUAAAGAGCCUAAAAUGAAGCGCUUCAUUCUCACUUCCUCGUCCGGUGCCUGCACGGCUCCAAAGCCAGGAAAAGUCUUUACAAUCGACUCUAAUACUUGGAACGAAGAGGCCAUAAAUGCAGCGUGGGCGCCACCACCAUAUGAAGGGUUCGAACGUCUCUUGGACGUCUACUAUGCCAGUAAGACUCAAGGAGAAAAAGAGGCAUGGAAAUGGGUUCGCGAAAACAACCCAAAAUUUAUUCUCAACACUGUCUUGCCGAACGCGAACUUCGGCCCUGUUGUCGACAAACACCACCAGAAAUAUCACAGCACCUUGGGCUGGAUUCGUGCCCUCUGGAAUGGGUUUGAUGGUGAAGAAGGUGUGCGAAGCCAGCCGCCGCAAUACUACAUCAACAUUGUCGACGACGCCAUUGUUCAUGUUGCCGCGCUCUUGUACAAGGACGUGAACAAUGAGAGGCUCUUCACGUUCGCUUAUCCAUAUAAUUGGAAUGACAUCUUGGCCGCCUUUAGGAAGCUCUAUCCAAGCAAGAAAUUUAUAGACGAUAUUCCGAAUCUACCGCGCGAUAUGAGUAUCGUGACCAAUGGGCGGGCAGAAGACCUGCUUAAGCGGUUUGCUGGACAUGGUUGGACCAAUCUUGAAGAAACUAUUAAAAGUACUGUAGCAGACUAUUAAAUCAUCAAAUACUGAAUAGUUCUACUAGAGUAAUAGUUUCAGAAUAACGUUCGUUGCAAUCACAAAAUGUCCACUACUGAUACGUAAAUACUAUGUAGUGAGGAUAGGGAUCAACAAACGGCAGGCAUAAUGAAGCGCACCAUCGCAACAGCUUUUAUUAGCCAUUAUUUUC